AUGGCAAGCAAAACUGUUGUCUCAAUCUUCUUAAUCCUUUCCCUUUGUGCUGCCACUUUUGCCACUCAAGGAGUCGCUCAUACACAAACGCCACCAACGGUUCCAGGAUUCUUCCUACCAGGUUCACCUAUUGAUCUUGUAAAAUGUUGGUCGUCUCUCUUCAGCGUGGAAGGAUGUGUGCUCGAAAUCUCCAAAUCAAUUUUCUCCGGAAAAUUCGAAAAUGUUCAAGCCGCAUGUUGCAAAGCGUUUUCGACCUUGGAUGCUAACUGCUGGCCUCAUAUGUUUCCAUUGAAUCCUUUCUUCCCUCCUCUCCUCAAGGAUACAUGCGCUCACAUUGUCCCUGGCUCCCCUACACACACUUAA